AUGGUGUUUGCGAACCCGUUUGGUGAGCAGGCUGUGUAUAACGCGACUGAGUCUGCGUCGUCGUUGAAUCUGUUUGCGGAGAGGCUUUCGUUGGAGGAUGCUGCGUCUGUUGGAUCCGUGGGCCCCACGAUGGGGGUGCCCUGUAGGCGGGGUUCUACCCUGGGGACGACUACGGAGAGGAUGGGCCACAGACGUUUGUCGAACUCGAAGUCGUACUCAAGGAAGAACAGUGGUGGGAUGCAGAGAACUGACAGUAUAAAGAGGAAAGAGUUGCGGGCAGCAACAGCCACGGCGGCCAGUAGAGCUUGUAAGGAACCCUCUACACGGGCCAAUUUUAUCUCGAGAAUGAGCAAGUGCAGUAUUCCGAUCCACCAUUACAACAGCGACGGCACCCAUUGCGACGACUUGUUCCCGCGGAUCAGCACCACGACUUUGCGGGACAUCAUAGUGGACAAGAUCCACGAACCCGUGUACUCCUCGUACUGUAUAGUGGACUGCCGGUUCAAGUACGAGUACAGUGGUGGACAUAUCAGGAGCGCGCUCAAUAUAUCUAGCCAGGAUGAUCUGGAGCGAGAGUUGCUGCUGCUGAAUCGGGGGGACCCCCUCUGCGAGUCCCCAACACUGCUCAUAUUCUACUGUGAGUUCAGUGCGCGCAGAAGCCCAGCGAUGGCCGCACACUUGAGGAACUGCGACAGGAUCAUCAACCAGGACGUGUACCCGGGGCUGUACUACCCUGAUGUCGUGAUCCUGGACGGUGGGUACAAGAGUUUUUACAGUGGGUUCCCUAGCCUGUGCGACCCGAUCAGCUACGUGACGAUGGACUCGAAGGAGAACUUACUCGACUGCGAAACAGAGCUGGACAAGUUCAGAUUGGGGUCGAAGAAAGUUGUCACACGGAGUAACUCUCUGCGGCGGUUCCACAGCACGGCUUCGAGGACAAGUGAACCAGGUGCGUCGUUACAGUUAUUCCAAGAGGCCGAGGACGCCGCAGAGGACACCAGUGCGGCGAGUUUCUUCUCUAGGGUAGCACCACCGCCAAAACUCUCCUUCCAACGCAACAACAGCAGCAGCCACAGUCUUGCCGGUACGUCUGGCGACGAGAACAGUUCCAUGUUCACCACGGCGAGCAGUUCCAUGGGCAGUGCCAGCAAGAUGCUCUUGGAGGACCAUGUACCGUUUUACUCUAGCUUCGAGGAUACGGACGGGCUCGUGUGCCAUCUACCGGUGGAUUCGCCAGUGAAGAGACUCAACUUCGACAACGCAUAG